AUGGGGUCACGCCAACCUCACCCAUGUCAUUAUCCCCCCUCACCCCUACAAACCCCUCCCGGCACAGCAAUUCACCCCAUCUACUACCAGCAAACACCCCAAGCUCCCACUCCUUACCUGCCUCCCAGACCCCUACAUAAUUACACAUCCCCCAGAAGUGAAUAUGGUAGUCAGUACGCAUCUUCGACAAAUGGUCACCCACAGCCCCGUCGCUCAUCCUUCGCCCAACGAUAUCAACCUGUCGGGUGUGCCAUGGAUACACCAGAGCACCCACAUCCACUACGCCGACUUGGCUCGCCAGGGUAUCCCCCUACCUACCCGACGUCCAACGCUGGUUCUAUGUACGGUUAUGAUGAGCCUGUCGAUGACAACCCCAUCUACCCUGGUCAGAGCACUUCUGGCACGCUCUCCCCUUCCGCAGCCUAUGACGCAGACCCUCACGGGAAUAUUGACGGACUGAUACAGAGGGCCCAAGGCGCCUUGGAGUCACUCACUAUGCCGAUCCAUAGUUUGCAGCAUCUCUGCGAUCGGCACAGGGCCGUCACUGAUGAGUUGGGGAGGUUCCAGCAUAUCGCUGACGAGCAAGAAAAAGACAUGCGGGAACUGCAGGAGAAAAAGGUCGAAUUGGAGGCUGUGAAAAUUGAUCUAGAACAGAAUCUGGAAAUGAGCACUGAAGAGCUUGACCACUUGAAGAGGCAGCUUUCCAACAUAGAGACCGAGGUCCGAAGGUUAUCAGGGAUCAUAGAGGAUAAAGAUGAAGAGAAAUCACGUUUAGAGCAACGAUUAACCAUUGAGAAGGAGGAAUUGGCGGCAGAAUUCAAGAACUGGCAGCGGGAUACACUCGAGGCUAACGAAGCGGACAGACGUUCCACCAUCACAGCUCACGAUGCCGAGAGGAGAACCAUGGAGGCCAAAUUCCUCUUGAAGCAACGCUCCAUCGAAGCAUCUCAUUCCUCCGAUAAAAUUCAUAUAGCUAAGACGCAUCUAGCUAGUUGCCAGGAGCUUGAGGUAGCCCAUGCUAACGAAAUACAGCGGCUAAAGGAUAGCCACGGGGAUGAGCUAGGGGUGGCUCAGAAAGCCCACGAAUCGAUCGUUAGUGCUCUAGAAAAAUCUCUCGGGGACAACCUCUUACGGUUGCGAACCGAAUUCUCUACCGAGAAGAGCGGUAUGCAAGCAGUUUUCAAUUCGGAAAAGAAGAAGCUGGAAGAAGCCUUUGCGCAUCAAAAGGCUUCGCUUCAGGCUUCCUUUACGGUCGAAAAGAAUUCAAUGGAAACUGAAUUUUCUUCGCAAAAACGAGAAAUUGAAGAGUCGUUUUCCUCCCAGAAACUCGCCGCAGAACUCCACUUCAAUGCAGAGAUUGAGGGCAUUCGGCAAAUAUGCGAAGCCGAAAAAUUCGAAACGCAAAAGUCUCUCGAAGCGGCAAAGACGGAAUGGCGGAAGGAAAACCAAAAUUUAACUGCAAAAUUUAAUGACGAGAAAACAAAGCUGGGUCGAAUAGUCAAGACUCUAGAGGAAGAGAACAGCGCUGCGCUGAAGGCUAAUCUAUCGCUGCGCGGUGAUAAGCAUACCCUCCUUGAUCAGAAAGCUGCUCUUGGAGAUGCUGUGGUAACCCUAGAAGCCGAUAAGGCGUUGCUGAUAUCCGAGGCAGAGCGUCAGAAGUCGGAGUGGGAGGCAUAUCAACGGAAGCUAGAUGCCGAGGUAAAGGAUCUGGAGGGUAUACGGGACAACUUAAAAAAGGAAGUUAGAGGGCUUAGAGAGUUGGUUAAACGAACCGCAGAGGAGGAGGAAGGGGAAGAAAGGAAGAGUCGGGGUGAUGGGUAUUAGUAAGCUUCCUGCAUCCAGCGGUGUAUACCGAAGCCCUGAUUAGCUUUAACCAGUAUCGAUGCUUUCACCAAGUUGUCCAAAGAUAUUAUUGAUAUCUCGAAGGAAUUCUCGAACUUACCUGUUCCACCUAGUGGAGUAUGUGCUUCCUCUCUCGCGUGAAUCACCCUUAAUCACUCGAUGCAAUUUACUUACUUUACAUCCCCCCUUUUAGAGAGUCCUUGCGGAACUUCCAUCUGGGCUACCAUGCAUGCUUGCAAACACUGACGCCUCUCGCCUCAUUCGCAUGGCAUAUGUUCAGCAUAUUAUCUCCAAGUACCUCUGCCACAGGAUUUUCCAGCCAUUCCUUUUCUACCUAGGGAGGCGGUAUGACAAAGCCGACAGCUUUUUGCAGGCUAUGUCAAAUCAGCUUCGAGAGAAGUCUACCCGAAAGGAAGCAAUCUGGCGGUAUUAUACUCUACUCGCUGGGUACACUGGAUCGAAUGCGAAGAGGACGGCUAACCUGGCUGCGACCAAUGUGAUCGAGGAGAUUGCUGGGCACGUCAAACCUUUCGCGGAUCAGAAGAGGAUGGACGUCAUCACAUCUGGUAUCUCGAGGAUUGUGAAAUUUGCGGUUGAGACCUGGCGGCACGCUCGUGUCGAGCGCGAAAUCUUUACUGCGUCAAUGUCAUUAGAUGGGACGAACGAGAAUUUAUGGCUUGGGCACGUCUACGAGCAUGAAAAGCCAUACGCAGACAACCUAGACACCGUCGCCCAGCUCAAAUCCCUUAGGUGCCGCCACGAAAUAAUCCUCCCGUUGCUCCCGAUCUUUUCACGCGAGGGAACAUUACCCUCAUUAUAUCGUCCGGGGGCCUCGCUAGAUACUGGCGUUGUUUUCUCCAAAGGGGUUGCCCUAUACAUGGAUUGUCUACCUGCCCUCCAGCGGAGUAUCGAGACAAGCCCCUUGGGCUCCGUGCCCGCGCUUCCUGUUGACGCGCAACUCGUCACAGCACAGGAAAAGAAGCGACUCUCUCUAGCUUCAGAAAGGGAAGAUGAAUGCAAGGCUGUAGCUACUGAGAAGGAGGUGAAGGUGAGGCCCCUAAAUGAACAGGAGGAUACUAGCGCAAAAGAGGAUGCCAAGAGACAGGUGGAAGAGGAGGUGGAGGACAUGGUGAGGAGAGAAGAAAAAAGGGUUGCUAGGGAUGAAGCUGAACGACUGGCAGUCGAAAAUGCCGAACGAGAGAUUAGGAAGGUUGCCGAUAGGGUAGCUGCUGAAGAAAUCGAGAGCUUUACUGCAGAACUCGUAGGAAAACAGGCCAUCGGGAAGAUUUCAAGAGCGGGAAGGGCGGCGGAUCUCAUCGCGCUCGAGGAGGGACUAGCACGAGUCGCCUUGGAAUGUGAUGAUGAGUAUCUAGAGCGUCAAGAGCUUGAGAAUCCCGAUUGUAAACACCAAGCCGAUGCCAAAAUCACCGCUCCUAAUGAAAAGACACCUACUGAGGCCAGUCUUGCGGAAAACGAAACGUGGGGGGAAGAUGAGGAGAUUGAGGUUGGGAUAGCGAUUCAACAAGCCCUAAUAAAUACCCAAACAGCCGAAGACGAGUCACUCGGCGCGAUCAACCUAAGCUCUAUCGAUAGGCUCGCGGCUUCUCCAAGGCGAGAUACCGCCUCUUCAGAUCAAGGCAUUGUCGCUCCCUCGGCUACUGGCGAAACCGAGCAAACCGACGACACGGUUGAAACAGCGCUUGAGCAACAGCCCGAGGAUGUUGCUGCACCCAGUAACACAACUAAUUCCGUAAGCCCUCCUCAAACAGUUUCAGUUCCCAAAGACCAUAAACUGGCAACCGAAGGUGAGACACGCAAAUUUAGAAGAUUGGCAUUUUCCUGGCUAUAAUACAACCCAGUUGUAUUCACGAAGCUAACAAGAGCAGCCAAUACCGCAGGAGCCAAGGAAAAAUCAGCGGAACCAGGCGAAAUUGUGAUCGCCGCUGACGAGAUCCAAACUACGGCACAGGAGGGUUCAACUGAGGAUCCCCAAAAUGCCGUGGAAAGCGAAGUUGUGACUCUUCCCGCAGAAGUACUGGCCCCAGUUCCGCUAGUUUUCCAACCAGAGGGCCAGUGCCUUCUCGACACCGUUCCCACCGAGACUCCCCAAGGAGCAUCAACUGAUGUGUCCGCCCCUAAGCCCCCUAUAACUCAAAGGCACGAAGUCGAUAAUAGAGAGGAGAAUCCCACCGAGAUUGUCAACGAGGGCCCUAAAGAGCGAUCAAACGAGACACUCGUAGAGAACCCAAAAAUCCCACCCAACACCCCGACCGAGGCGGGCACCAAGGAACCAAUUUCCUCUCUUGAGGCCUUGGACACUGCCCCCAUAUCAGUCCCAGAGAUGUCAGGGGAUGCAAAUACAUCCACAUUGACCACCACCGGGCUAGUAAUCAACGACGCACUUAGCGGCGCUGCCCCCGAAAUCCCAAACCCUGAGGCAGCUCCAACUGAACAUCCUGCCCCCCCCGAGGUCAGCGAAGCUAAGGCAGGCGCCUCCCCUGUUAGGGGGCCUAUAGCUCAAGGCCUCCUAGCGAUCGUGGUGGACACCGUAGAGCCACUGGCGGGGGAAUCAAUGAUUCAAAGUCCGAUGAUCGAGGAGUUCGCUGCUGAAGGCUCAAAAGUAAAGGGAUUGUUCUUCGAUGAGCCAGAGGCUGAAAAGGAGAUCGGGGUGGAUCCAAAGCUCACUACUCCGGUUCCCCAGAUCGUGGAGUCCAGCGGAAAAGUUUCUGGCUCUGAGCUCAAAGAUUCUGAGGCUGAGCAACUAAUUACCAGGUUGGCGAAGCUUAAAGUCGAGGACCUAACCCCCGAGGAGCCAACGCCCGAAGAGCCAACGAUCGAUGAAUCAAACGCGCAAGAACCAGCCAAUAAGAAACCAGCUGCUGGGGGCGAAGAGCCAAACGGUGCAGUCCAAGAAUCUGAAGCCAUCAUGGACACAAAAUCUGAAGCCAUAGCACUAAAUAGCAAAUUUGAUGAGCCAAAAACUGUGGAGCCAUCGCCUGAGGCUGAAGAACGGAACCUCCAGGCCGAUAACGCAAUACUCAACAGUGCUGAUCUCGAGCCCGGGGCUGACGAAACGAAGCCAAAACCCACCUCCGCCAUCGUUGGGAUGUCAAGGAUGGGCCUCAACAAACCCUCGCUGUCUGAUGGUAAAUCUAGGGGAGCCUCCCCCGGAAAGAUGCUAAUGAACAGCCUUCGCCACUCCGCUAGCAUAAGCGAGAAGCGCGACUUCUCAUCCACUACCAUCGGCGAAGCAACGGUUGAGGGAAUGCUAGCUGAGAACUCGAGGCCCAACACCCCAGAAUCCACACCUUCCACACCAAGUAGCCCCUCCCCCGGGCCGCAAGGGUCGGUAGUACCCACAGAGUCCACUUCUCAUAGGGCCCCCGGCAAAUCAAAAAGGAAGAGGGGGAAGAAGGCUAAAUCGCAACUCCCCAGGCCAGGUAACUCGAAACACUAA